CAUCCCAAGCCAUGCACAGAAGCUAGGCCAGCAGUUGUGCGCAACACCCAGCUUCGAAUGCUGAUCAAUUUCCGUUCUCUCAAGUCUCUUCUGCUGAACGCACGUGCUGGACUGCCUGAGGCAGCGUGGCAUUGGCGCUGUCAAAGUUCUUCCCUGAAGGGCAUUGCGUAAUACUGAUUAUACAGGAACGAUUCACGAAGCAUACCAGAAGCAUCAGUGUUUGAUGAACCGUGGCAAGUUUUGUCUGGGCUUGCAGUCAAGUUUCGGCGUCUUCCAUGUCCAGAACCGAAUGUUCUGGCUUGCUUGAGCUGCUGCCUGGACCAGUGGUACUGUGGCCAGCUUGGGGGCAUUAACACACCCUUCCAAAGAUGGCUGCGGUUGUUGCAAAAGAUGAAGAGCACGCUUGGGAGGAGAUGUCGGAGCUGGCACAUUUGGUUCAACACAACGCUGCCGUUCGCCUGCAGCUGUUGGAGGUAGAAGACAUGCUGGUGGCGUGGAUGGACCUUCCGCCAGAAAGUCCGGUGCUCCACUUGCCCCCUGCCAGCCCCUACUUUCGUAUGUUGGUCCACCGCUUGGUGGAGGCUUUUGGGGUGACCCACGUGUCGUUUGGAGAAGGCGAGGACAGACACAUCGUUCUCCAGCGAAACGAAGACUCGGAAGUCCCUCCGUUGCUCCUGUUGGACGUCCUGAGCGUUGCGGACGGUCCGUCUCUGCCCUCGGCAGCGCCCCAGAUACUUCGACGCUUGUCAGGUAGAAACAUUUGGCUUUCUGGAGAGGUUACCCCUGACAAUGCUCUCGUAUUCAAUUGUUUGGAGCAGAGUGCGCUGAAUCGCUCGUUCUUUCAACAUGGAACCCUGGGUAUGACGGAAAGCCAACAACGAGAUGGGCUCACCACUUCGGAUCUCCUCGCCGACCCGGCUGACGGCACUCCGCCCCCAAAGACGCCGCCCGACCCGCUCCCCACUCUCUCCGAGCGUCAGCAAGCGUACGAGGAGGCGCGCGCGCGCAUUUUUGCCCGCGAUUAUUCGGACGGGAUUGGCGGACCGUCCGAAGACUACGAGCGGACGACCGAGAGGGAGCGCCGCGUGCCGGUCGUGGCGCAGCGGCUGAUCGGGCGCGCGCUCGGGGUGGCGACCGGGGGAACAAGGGGUGGGGAGAACUUGCGGACGGGGCAAAAUGGGGCUCGGAAUGAUGAGAACGGUCAGCUAGGAGUAACGAGUAGUAGAAAUGACUCGCAGACGGAGGGGAACUUUAGAAAGGGCGAGAAAACGGGAGGGAGCGAUUGCAUCGAGAAAGGACCGCAGACGGGGGUAACUAGGGAUGGGGAAAAUGAAGGUCGCGGCGGAGCGAGGGUUCUGAAAGCGGUACCGGGACAGGCCAGUCUCGGGGAAAUGGUAGAAAGACGUGGCGGUGCGGAAAACGCCGUCCGCCUUUCGGACGCGCGACGAGGAGUGGAAAAGGGCGGUACGGACUGUGAGGGAAAGGAACGUAAGGAUUGUGACGACGGGCUGCAACAGCGGGGCUUGGAAAGUGCGCAUGAGGAAACGGUAACUAGAGGUGACGGGAAAAUGGUACUGAGCAAAGAGAGCGGCGGGAAAACGCUGGAGGCGGAGCGGAAGUCGUACCGGGGAGGGGGUCGAAAAAGAGCGACGAAGGCGCGCGACGGGAGCCAGUCCGGGAAACCGUCAAGUCCCAACGAAGUAGGAAGGGGAGAGGUUUCGAACGGACAAAUUGAGGAAGCGAAGAAUGGGGAGACAGGGGACAGCCCGGUGAGAAACGCGGUUCAAAAUUUCGACGAAGAUGGCGCGUCUGCAAAGACGCCUUCGCACACAGGGUUACCGGAGCCAACCACGAGUUUGGCGGUGGAUAGCGUUCAAAGGAGGGCGGGAAAGAGUCCCGGGCAGGGGGCGGGCGCCCGCAUGUUUCGGAUGGCACUUCCAAGGGGACAGGUUGGUCAGCGGGUUCGGACGGAGAGAAGUGUCCGAACGGGGGAGCUGCCGAAGGACGAGACAAGUGCAGGAGAGAGGCCGUGUCGAGAGUCUUUUCGUGCUUCUAUUCAGAAGGAUGUAGGUGACGUUGAAAAUGGUCGAGAUGUCUCCAAUGUUUGUCCAAGUAAAAGAGAAGAAAGCUCGACAAGAAACAGUGAUGCCGGUGAGUCCCAAGAAUUCGAAUGCAGAGAUACGCACGCGUCGCGUCUUGAAAGGGAUGAAGCAGCGGAGAAGGUAGAGUCAACAGUGAAGCGGAAAGGUUUGCCCCUUGUUGCGGGUAAGAUGCUGUCGCAUGCGCUGGGCCUCACGCAAAGGGGUUGGGGUCAAGUAGGCAGACCUUGAUUCUAGGUUGUGCGUAAUGAACGACCAGAGUCCAGUCCGACUGCCUAUGCGGCUACCUAUACUGCACCUGCCCCAAUACUUCAUCACCCGCUUACAUGGGACUGCCCAAUC